GAGAAAAUUAAGGUGCAGUCAGGAGCAAAUAAAGGCAUUUAAAAUCUGAUAUAUUGACUAAGAGAAAUAAAAGAGAACAAAUACAAUUGUUUAUCACCAUAGCCCCCUAAAGUUGUUUAAUCUUCUUUCAGUAUUUCACUCCCUGGUUUACACAUAACAUAAGACAAUGAAGAGACCAUCGAUUGUAUGCAUCGUUUUCCUUAUCGUCAUCUCUAUCACUACUGUCUCGAGUUCACCAGACCAUGGAGAAGUCGAGGACGAAACGGAGUUUAGCUACGAGAAGGGAGGAGAGAAGGGGCCAGAGAAAUGGGGAACACUAAAGCCAGAAUGGAAAAUGUGUGGAAACGGCACGAUGCAGUCACCUAUUGAUCUUACGGACAAAAGAGUCUUCAUUGAUCACAAUCUUGGACCGUUACGCAGCCAUUAUUUACCUUCUAAUGCCACCAUUAAGAACAGAGGCCAUGAUAUCAUGUUGGAAUUUGAAGGAGGGAAUGCAGGUAUAGGUAUAACUAUCAAUGGUACCGUAUAUCAGCUUCAACAGCUUCAUUGGCACUCUCCUUCCGAACACACCAUCAACGGCAAAAGGUUUGUUCUCGAGGAACACAUGGUUCAUCAGAGCAAAGAUGGACGCUUCGCCGUUGUGGCGUUCUUGUACAGCUUGGGACGACCUGACUCUUUUCUCAUUUCGUUGGAAAGACAAUUGAAGAGGAUAACUGAUGCACAUGAGUCCGAGGAUUUUGUCAGUUUGAUUGAUCCUAGAGCAGUCAAUUUCAAAACAAGAUUCUAUUACAGAUAUUUAGGAUCACUGACAACUCCUCCAUGUUCUGAAAACGUUACUUGGUCCAUUUCUAGAGAGAUGAGGACUGUGACAUUGGAACAGUUGAACUUGCUUCGCGUGUCUGUACACGAUCAAUCUAAUACGAAUGCAAGACCGCUUCAACGGCAAAACGGGCGUCCCGUGAAAUUUUACUUACCAGCAUGGCAUAUUUAACCAAUCCGAAGUUGUUGUUCACUCAAUUUGAGCUUGGUUAAACCUAGUCUCAUGUUAAUCUCUUAGUUUUAUGUACUGAGAACCAAAAGAGAACACUAAUUAAGAAGAAAUUGUUUUGAGUUCA